AUGAAAACCAGAAAAGAUGUUCGUGGACAAGUCGUUUUGAUAACUGGUUCUGCUAGAGGCCUUGGUCGUGAACUUUGUUUGGCUUUUCAUAGACUCGGUGCAUCAAUCGUAUGCGUGGACAUUGACGAAGAGGGCAACGAAAUGACGGCCGAAAUGAUCCGUGGACAGGGUGGAACUGUAAGAGCUUUCACUUUGGAUAUUACCAAUAGAGAAAAAAUCGCAUCGAUGCAUGAAGCGGUGAAAAGGGACUUGGGCCCUGUAGAUAUAUUGGUGAACAACGCAGCUGUAGUAAAGCCAAAUAUUUACGUCAAUUCCGAAACCGACGAACUAGUCCGAAAAAUAAUUGACGUCAACAUACUGGGACAGUUUUGGAUGAAUAAAGAAAUACUCCCAUCGAUGUUGAACAGAAAUAGUGGACACAUUGUAUCAAUUUCAUCAUUAAUAUCAAUGGUAGGAACUCAUUCGCUAUCCGCUUAUACUGCUUCGAAGUGGGGCGUUACAGGUAUGAUGGAAGCUUUAGACCAAGAACUAAAUAUGCUAAAUUCAAAAGUUGUCUUAACUACUGUGUGUCCAUACUUCAUGGAUUCAAAUGAAGACAUUACAAGAAAUAUUAGUAUCAGCUUUCCAGUUAUUCCUCUUAACGUAAUAUGUAAUAGCACAGUGGAUGGCAUAUUGAAAAACAAAAAAAUGUUUACAAUACCUGGAUUUUUGUUUCUAGCAAUGAUGUUUUACAAAAUAUUACCGAGCAAGUUACAAUAUCAGAUGCAAAAACUAUUAGGAGCUUCGUAUAACUAUUGUAAAAGUGACUACGAUACAUUGAAGAAAUAUCAGAGAGGAACUACGUCUUUGUAA